AUGGAGACCAGCAGGAGCAGCGGCGGCGGCGGGGCUGUCAGCGCGCGCGGCGGGCACCGCGCGUCCGCGGGGGGCUGCAGGAGCAAGGAGGCGGCCGGGGCCGGGACCCUCGCGACAGACAUGGACUUGCAUUGUGACUGUGCCGCCGAAACGCCGGCCUCGGAGCAGCCGUCGGGCAAGAUUAAUAAAGCUGCCUUCAAAUUAUUCAAGAAGAGGAAAUCGGGUGGCACCAUGCCCAGCAUUUUUGGGGUCAAAAACAAAGGGGAUGGGAAGAGCUCGGGUCCGACGACGGGGAUGGUGCGGAGCAGGACGCACGACGGCUUGGCCGAGGUGGUGGUGCUGGAGGGCGGCAGGAAGGAGGAGCCGCGCGGCGGGGCUCGGCCCAACCCGGCGCCCCCCAGAGCCGCCGGGGGCGGCGGGGGCUCCGCGGCGCCCAGCUCGGUGGCCAAGUCGCACAGCUUUUUCUCCCUCUUGCGGAAGAACGGCAGGUCGGAGCCCGGCCGCGGGGACCCGGCGGAGGCGAGCAGGGCCGGCGGCAAACAAAAGAGGGGGCUGAAAGGGCUGUUCAGCAGCAUGCGCUGGCCCAGGAAGGACAAACGCGGCAAGGAGGAGGAGAAGGGGGCGCGCGCGGCCGGCGCCGGCGGCCUCAUCCUGCCCGGCUCGCUCACCGCCAGCCUGGAGUGCGUCAAGGAGGCAACGCCCCGAGCGGCGGCGGCGCGCGAGCCGCCGAGCCCGGGCCAGGACGCCCCGCGGGACGCAGCAGGUGAGCUCGGAGGGGGAGAGCAGGCGCCCGCCCCGGCGCGCCCCUGCCGCGAGGCCCCGAGCCCCGGGGACCCCGCCGACACGAGCGCCCGGGGAGAGGACGCCGCGGGGCACCGGCGCGCCCAGAAGCCCGGGGCACCCGCCUCGCCGGGCACCGGCGAGGUCCACGCGGCCGAGCACGCUUCCAGGACAGGUGACGUUCCGGGAAAGACCGGCCCGCUUGCGGACUCCGAGUGCGGCAGCGGCCGGGCGUCCGCCGUCCCCGACCCUUCCUCUGCCGAUCCGCCCUCAGACCCGUCGGCCGAUCGUAUUUGUUUGAUGUUUUCUGACGUGACUUCACUGAAAAGCUUUGACUCUCUUACAGGCUGUGGAGAUAUUAUUGCAGACCAAGAGGACGAGGCAGGUCCCAGCUGCGACAAGCAUGGCCCCGGGCCGGGCAAGCCAGUGCUCCCUAGAAAGACCCCCAGCGUGGUGGCCUACCAAGGAGGAGGGGAGGAGAUGGCCAGCCCCGACCAGGUGGACGACACCUACCUGCAGGAAUUCUGGGACAUGCUGUCCCAGACGGAGGAGCCAGCGCCAGGGGCCCCCGAGGCGGCGGCCAAGGCGGCACCUGCGCCGGAGACCAAGGCGGGGCCCGACACCUGUCCAGACGCCCGGGGCGGCGUGGACGCGGCCAAGGACGCGUCCUCCGUCAAGCGCAGGAAGCUCAGCCGGAUCCCCACCGAGCUCCAGCCCAAGGAGGAGCCCAAGCGCCCGGAGCAGGAGCAGCAGCAGCCGCCGCAGCAGCCGCAGCCACAGCAGCCGCAGGAGCAGCCACAGCAGCCGCCGCAGGAAGGAGUCCCCAACAGCGACGAGGGCUACUGGGAUUCCACCACCCGGGGCUCCGAGGGAGACGGCGCGGGCAGCGGGCAAAAGGCGGCCCUGCCCCGGGACAGAUACAGCGGCGAUGCCCUCUACGAUCUCUGCGCUGACCCGGACGCCAGCCCAGCAGCUGCGCCUGCCAGCGAGGAGACGUCCUGCACAUCCCGCCUGAAGCCCGUGUCCCCAGGCACUAUCACCUGCCCGCUGCGAACGCCGGGCAGUCUGCUAAAGGACUCCAAAAUCCCCAUUAGCAUCAAGCAUCUCGCGAACCUGCCAGCCAGCCACCCCGUGGCGCACCAGCCACCAGCCAGGAGCGAGGUGCCCAGAACCAAAAUCCCUGUUUCCAAAGUGCUGGUCCGCAGGGUGAGCAACCGGGCCUUGGCUGGGACCACUCUCCGCGCGGCGGCCGCGUGCCACGACAGUGCCAAAAAGUUGUAA